CAGGAGAAAGAUCAACUAAAUUCAGGUGACCAACAAAAUAAUAAACAACAAAGUCAAGAUGAACCACAAGAUCUUGAAGCACUUGAAGGCUCUCAAGAGAUGCAAUGUAAUAAUGAGUAUCAUACGAAGCUCAUUCAAGAUUUUUCAAAUUUGCUUACCCAAAAAAUACACUGGGACAUAAAAAUAAAUGUCACGACGCGUAUUUUUGAGGCACAUUCGACGGUUCUACGUGCACGAUCAUCUUUUUUCCGAGAAAUUUUAUGCAGCAACAGAGUUCAGUGUGAAAUAUUAAUACCAGACAUUUCUCCAAAAGCGUUCAAAACAUUAUUAAAUUACAUGUAUUGUGGAAGUAUUUCGCUGGAUAACAUUCAGCCACUAGAAAUUUUCGAACUCCAUUUCGCUGCUAUCAAAUUAAACUUAAGAGAAGUCAUUGAUUACCUCAACAGUAGUAUCACAUUUACACGCUAG